AGCGUUCACUUCCUCAUUGACCGAGCUCUCCCUUACAUUGCGUUCGGGACUCUGACAACAACUUGGAGGAAACCACCCUUCAAGUCUUUUUCUCUUUGGAGGUGGGGUGGGCUCGGCCAAUCUCGGACGGACGGAAGAAGAGAGUGGCGGAGGAACCAGAUUAAAACUUUGCAGAGCAACGAGCGCUCUACUUUGUCUACACUUUCUCCCGAGCUUUUGGAUUAGGUGCUCCAACAGGAGAGAUGUCGAAGCCGCCACCUAAGCCAGUCAAACCAGGGCAGGUCAAAGUCUUUCGAGCUCUGUAUACAUUUGAACCCAGAACUCCUGAUGAAUUGUAUUUUGAAGAAGGUGAUAUUAUUUACAUUUCUGAUAUGAGUGAUACCAAUUGGUGGAAAGGGACCUCAAAGGGCAGGACUGGACUCAUUCCAAGCAAUUAUGUGGCUGAACAAGCAGAGUCCAUAGACAAUCCACUUCAUGAAGCUGCCAAAAGAGGCAACUUGAGCUGGUUGAGAGAAUGCUUGGAUAACAGAGUUGGUGUCAAUGGCUUAGACAAAGCUGGGAGCACUGCUCUGUACUGGGCUUGUCACGGUGGUCACAAAGAUGUAGUGGAAGUGUUAUUUACCCAACCAAAUAUUGAACUAAAUCAGCAGAAUAAGUUGGGGGAUACAGCUUUGCAUGCUGCCUCCUGGAAGGGCUAUGCUGACAUUGUAGAGAUGCUUCUGGCAAAAGGUGCUAGGACAGACUUGAGAAAUAAUGAGAAGAAGCUGGCCCUGGACAUGGCGACUAAUGCUGCCUGUGCUGCUCUGCUUAAGAAGAAACAAGGAACAGAUGUGAUUCGGACAUUAAGCAAUGCAGAAGACUAUCUUGAUGAUGAAGAUUCAGAUUAAUGCCCUUCCAAAGUGUUUGAAGCCUCUGCUGUCUAGACCAUUAAACAACCUUAUAUUUGCCAGAAGAGUGUUGGUAACUGUAAAAAAGAUGUAUGAGAAAGUGUUGCCCUUUGUUGGAAUAGAAUUUGUACAUGAUUUAUCUUCACUUUAAUUUGCCAAUAAGUCAUUAGAUUCCUUUGCUGUAUAAAGUGCAUUUUAUGUUCACCAAAUUAGCUCAAGAGAGAAUAAUUUUUAUUUAUCCUACUUAAGGAAUUAAUUUUUUUUUUUGCUUAAUAAUGAAAACUUACGGAUGGAAAUAUAUAUAUAUAUUUUUAAGUUUGUAAUUUACCUCAGAGUUGAAGUAUUUUGAAUGGACUUUGGAAGGGAAAAUGCUUGUUAUAAACCCAAACCAAAAGUAUCUCUUUAGAAAGCUGUCAGUAGUUCUGACAAAAAUAAAUAUUUUAUGACACUUUA